UUCUACAACUCCGGCUCAACCGACCAAAUCACCGUCUCCGAAAACACCACCGCCUACGCCAAAUACCGCCUCCGUCCCCGCGUCCUCGCCGACGUCUCCAAAUGCGACACCUCCACCACCUGUCUCAACCGCCGCAUCCCAUUCCCGCUCUGCAUCUCUCCCGCGGGACUCCAAGCCAUGGCCCACCCCGACGGCGAGCUCGCCACUUCCCGGGCCUGCGCCCGCCGCGGCUUGAACAUGGGAAUCUCCAGCUACGCCAACUACUCCAUCUCCGCCAUCCGCUCCGCGGGAAAAGGAGUGGGUGAUAUCGCCCAUGCGAUUCAGCUGUAUACGCUCAAGGACCGGGAUUUGCAGCUUAGUAUUAUCCGGGAAGCGGAGGCGCAGGGCUGUACGGCGAUUUUUUUGACUGCUGAUAGUCCGGUUCUGGGCGUAAGAUAUAAUGAAUGGCGGAAUGAUUUUCGUAUUCCCGAGGGACUGGGGAAUCCGAUCAUGAAGCGCAGCUCGGAGCAGAUUCGGAAACAGACACAUGACGACGGAUUUGCGUCGGUGAUGGUGGACGACCACUCAUGGGCGAGGGAGAUUCCGUGGCUUCGAUCCGUGACGAAGAUGCAGAUCUGGAUCAAAGGCGUGCUGACAGCGGAGGACACUUUGAAAGCGAUCGAGUGGGGAUGCGACGGCAUUCUGGUGAGUAACCAUGGUGGACGACAAUUGGAUGGCGUGCCGGCGAGUAUCGAUGCCCUCCCGGAAUGUGUGGAAGCCGCGAAGGGGAGGAUAAGGAUCCAUAUCGAUGGAGGGAUCCGCAGUGGGACAGAGAUUUUCAAGGCGUUGGCGUUGGGGGCGGAGUGUUGUUGGGUGGGGAGGCCGGUGUUGUGGGGACUGGCGUAUGAUGGGGAAAAGGGCGUGGAGAGGAUGUUGGAAAUGUUGGAGACGGAGUUUAAGAGGUGUAUGCAGUUGACGGGGUGUACGAGGGUGGAGGAUAUUUCGAAGGCGUGUUUGGGGGUGGUGAGGAGUGAUGGGCCUUUGGCGAGGUUGUGA